AUGUUAAAUCAAAAAUGCUUUAUGGUCAAUCUCUUACAAAGCAUGAUUCUCUCAUACUCAAUAUAUCAUUAUUUCCAAAACUCAUGUUUACUCAAUGUAAUACAAUUAAUAAUUAUAACUUUGAUUACAUUAGCAUUAAUAUUGCUAUAAAAUGUAUUUAAUAAGUUCAUGUUGUAAGGAACUAUUUUAUGUAUAGAAUUAGAUAUGUUUUGUUUAAUAAUAAUGAAUAUACAUAAUUUUGGUAGGAUACCCUAUUCAUAGAUUAUAAUUUCUUAGAUUUUAAUAAAAGACUUGUUUUUAGACUUUAAAUUGGGUGUUAAAUCUGAACUCUUUGCUUUUUAAGCAAUAAUCUCAAUAUUUCUAUUAGUUUAUUCUUAUUUAAGAAUAGAAUUUGAUAGAGAACAACCACAAUUAUUGACAACUUUAAUCAUAUCGUUAUAUUAUAAUUCUUCAUUGCCAUAGUAAAAACAAACUCAAAUGACAUCAAUAAUAACAGAAAUAACAAAUACUAAUAAAUAAGAUAUUUUAAAUUCAAAGAGAAAUGUCUCAUAAUUUGAUCUCGAUUAAAAUCAAAACUCUGUAGGUAUAAGGGAUACAUCAACUACAGCUGAAAAUGGAAUUUAAGAAACUAGUAUUUAAUGUUUAGAAUUAUUAUAAGAAGGUGUUAUUUUACUUGUUCCAGAAUCUAAUACUACAAAUUUUCCAUACUCUAUUAAAUAUAUCAAUAAUGCUACUAAAUUAUUAUUUAAUAAAGAAACAGAAUAAGAAGUACUUUAAUAUAUUGAUAGUUUAAAUACAUUUUAAUUAUUUAAUGGAGAACCAAAUGAAGAUUUAUUAUUUGUAUCUUAGUAAUAAAGAUAACCUUCUUUACAUCUCUUUAGAUAAGCAACAGAAACAAAAGAUUAUUAAUAACAUAGAAAUCUUAGUUUAGAUGUUUCAUAAGUUUAGGAUAGAAAUUAGAAAUUUAAAAUAAAAUAGAUUAUUGAUACUUUAUUAAAAUCUAAAAAUUAAGAAAGUAUUGUUGUUUAAACAUAAUUAAAUUAAAGAUUUACAAUUUUUACAAAUCAAUAAAUAUAAACAUCUUAAACUUAUAUUAAUACAGAAAAUAAUUAAUUACUGGAAUUAACAUUAACAUUAAGUAAAAGUUAAUGUAUAAUUAUAAUAUGUAGAGAUGUAACUCAUAGAUAAAAAAUAAGAUAUUUAAAAGAAUAUGACAAAUAAAAAUCUAAAAUGCUUUCAUUUGUCAGUCAUGAAUAUCGUUCUCCAUUAAAUUGUAUUAUUCAAAUGUUAGAAUGUGUACUUAAAUAAGAUUAAAUAAUUAAUAAUUCUGAUAUUAAUUAAUAAUUACAAAUAGCCUUAGAUAAUUCAAAUUAUAUUUUAAAUUUAUCUAAUGAUUUAUUAGAUUUAGCUUAAAUUAAAAAUGGGAAAUUUAAAAUUGAAAAAGUACCAUUUAAUUUAUAAAUAUUAAUUGAGGAAUGUUAAAAAAUGUUUGAAUUAAAAGCAAAAUUGAGAGGAGUUCAAUUAUCUAUUUAAUAUAAUUCUACACUUCCAAAAACACUCUUUUCUGAUAGAAAUAGGAUCAAAUAAAUUAUUGUAAAUCUAUUAAGUAAUGCAUUUAAAUUUACAUAAAGUGGAAAAAUUACAAUAAUACUUGAAUUAUUUAAAUAGAAUACAUUAAGAAUUGGAGUAAAAGAUGAAGGAAUAGGAAUAUCAGAAGAAGAUCAAUAAAAAUUAUUUAAAGCAUUCUCAAAAGUUAAUUCUGAAGAAAGUAGAAAACUAAAUCAAUAAGGUGUUGGAUUAGGUUUAGUUAUAAGUAAUUAAAUAGCAUAAAAUAUUGGAUCUACUGGACUUAAUAUAGAUUCAAAAAAUAAAAAAAAUAAUCAUUAUAGUUAUUUUUAUUUUGAUUUAUUUAUUGAUGAAAUUCUGAAAAAGAAAAAAGUCUCAAGUUUCAAAGUACCUGAAAUUUCAUUAUAAUCAUAAGAAGUAGAUGAAAUAAUUAGUUUCAAUAAAAUAACAUCCAAUUUAAAAGAAGAUUUAUCAACUUAAUAAAAUUGUCAUCAUUAUUUAAUAGUUGAUGAUGAUUGUUUUAAUAUAUUUGCAUUUAAAAGAAUGUUAUAGGAAUUGUAUAAAAAUAAUAAACAUUUAUUUACAAAUGAAUUUGAUAUUGAUUCAACUUUAUCUGGUAGUGAAUCUAUUACUAAAAUAAAAACAAAAAAGUGUUGUAGCACUUGUUAAGGUUAUAAAAUAAUUUUUAUGGAUAUAGAAAUGCCUAUUAUGAAUGGUUAAGAAACUACUAAAUUUAUUCUUUAAAGUUUUCCAAAUUAGAUUAUUAUUGGUUGUAGUGGUUAUACAGAUUAAUUAGAAUAUUAAAAGUGUAUUAAUUCUGGAAUGGUAGACUUUUUAGUUAAACCAAUCCAAGAAUUAUAAUUAAUUUAAAUACUCAAAAAAUAUUAAUGA